AAGUCCAAACACAUCGGAUGCAUCGAUAGUGCAAUCGAUGUUUCUCCACCUCCAAUCAUGAGCAAUGUGUGAAUGAUGAUAACAUAAAAAACGCACAACAAACUGACGCUUAAAAUUAGCAGAGACAACUGCAGCCAGGCCGGGCUUGAUUGGGGAAGCAACAACAACGUAUUUGGCUAACGACACGUCAACAUAAUACAACACAAAAAUGUAUUGCCUGCAAUGUUUAUUACCUGUGCUGCUGAUACCAAAGCCAACGAAUCCAGCGUUAAUGGAAACGCACGUCAUGUUCAUAGUGCUCUAUUUGAUUGGAUUCUUUCUGGAGCGCAAGCCGUGCACCAUAUGCAGUCUGGUGUUUCUCACAGCAGUCUCCCUAAUCUGCUACAGCGGCGUUGGCAACUGCAUCUUCUGGGGCAACUGCGAGGGACAUCAUUGCGAGAAUGGCUAAGCGGCAAAAGCAACCACAACAACAAAAUAUGCUGCAUCCCAUCCUUUAACAACAAUCAUCAGUCUAGCAAAAUAGUCAACGACGAAACGAUAACACGGUGCAGAACAUGCAAGAAGAAGAAGAGAACGAGUGCUAAAUAUAGAAAAAUUUAUAUAAAUCAUGAACAAUUUGCAUAUUAAUCGACAAACAACAACAAAUAAAGGCGAAAAGAGUUACAAGCGAAACAAUCAGUGAUAAAAAAGUGAGUGAGUUAACAGAGUUCUGUUACGUCUAUGUAAAGUGUGUGAUUUAACAGAGUUCUGUUACGCCUACGCCUGUUAGCAGUGAAAAAACCUUGGAGACUAAAAACCAAAACCAUGAACGAAACUGAAACCGAAACCGACUUCAUCCCAACGUUCGAUCGAUCGCAUAACCGUUUCUACUACUCGUUCUACAUUACGUAUUUUUAGUUGAUAACUUAGCUAAAUGUUUCCCAAACCGAGAUCCAUCUCCCCAUCCGCAUCCCCAUUUGAAGUGUAUUAUUUAAGAAGCGCUACAAAAUGUAUUGUAAAUGUGUGGUAAUGGUAAUUGCAAACCUCCCGCCUCCUCCAGCUUCCCUCCCCAAUCGCUGUUCAGUCCGUCAAUGCAAUUCUACAAUUAGUCAUAUAUAAAUAUUUAUAUUAUACAUACAUUUAUGUGUAUUAUUUAAAUAAAUAAUUGUAAAAACGACAAGAAAAGAAAACUAAUGCUGUGCGUCCUUCCUUUUUGGACGUUGAUAUCGGUUGUUCCCCUGUCUUCUGCACAUGCAAAUUGUAUAUAAUUACACUGACACAUACACAGACACACAUACACACGCACAUACGCGCACAAAUACAAAUACACACUAUUAGAAAUAUACUUUACACAUUAAUAUAUACAUAUGUAUAUGUAAAUCUUCAUAUAUAAGUAUUUAAAUGAAUUGUGUGAAAUAAUCAGAAAUGCUAAAGACAAGAUAUAUUUGGUUUUCUACAUUAAGACGCGACAAAAAUUGUUAAUCACGAGAUUGAUUGAAUUAUUUAAAAAAACAAAAAAUAAACAAAAAGAUUGAUAACUAACGUAACGAAAAAAAACGAAAUAAUGUUUAGAAACGAAAUAAAAAAAAUUGAAAGCUGUAA